AUGAACGUAGAUAAUCUGCGUCUAGCGUUCGAAAUUCCUCAAAGAGGCAAAACUUUUGCUGAAAUCACGUGCGACGAUCUCGACGGCCCCAUGUUAAACUGCAGCGUCGGAGCCGUCGUAGAGCGGGAAAUCGCACUGAAGCCUCCAGAGCACUAUCGUUUCGGUUGCGCGGACGCAAAACUGGUCAUGGACGAUGUCGAAGUCGAG